AUGUCACUUCCUCAGCUCUACAAGAACCUCACCCUUACAUCCUACGGCAGGAUACGAUAUAAUGAAGAUGACUUACCGGAGGGAUAUGGAAGCGCUAGCCCAUUUUCCAUGGGACUGAAUGCUCUAGUCACCCGCAACGUGGCACCGCUGGUUCGAUCAAUUACACUGCGUGGUGAAUGGCGGGACGAUGGAUUAGAAGAACAUGCCCGAGUUGGAAGAGUCCCGGACUCAUCUAUGAUGCUGAAUAUCAGUGUCCGCGCUGCUAUCGAUAAAAUGGUUGGCUUGGAGAGCUUCAGACCUACAACUAUAAUCCCUCCCAUGCCCAACCUACGCAUUCUCAAGGUCACAGAUAUCGACCCUCUCUGUUAUCCAGAUGAUAUCUCUUUACUAUUAUACGGUAGCAAAAAGUUACGUGAUCUGAGAAUGCAUUGGUCUCCCCGGAUGCGGGAAUCACAAGAACCAAGUGUUGCGCUCACGGACUACUUUCGACGGUGUAUUGCUGCAAAAGCUCCCCUACGAUUGAAGAAGCUUGCAUUUCAAAAUUUUUAUGCUCUUCAUCCCGGAGAAUCGGGGGCUGGGGUUAGCCAUGACUGCCUUGAAGAGGUCACCAUGCUAACGAGUCCCACUGGGAAUGCGGCAAUGACCUUUGUCGAAGCUAGCUGGCCAACUCCAGGGCCCAGGGAAGAGAUGUCAAUGCUAAAGACGUUCCGGAUUGACCGCGUGGAGAAGAGAGGGUUGGAUUUUUUACAACAGUUGACUCCUCUCGAAAACCUAUACUUUGUCAAUCCAUUACGUGAGCCCAUAGAUUAUGUUAACAACUCAAGGCCCGGGGUGGCGUAUCCCUCUUCACCUUCAACACCCCUCCCCAGUGGUACUGGACACCAUACUAUGGCCGCUGACUACCAACAAAACCAAUCAACACCUCCUGCCCCCGGCAUACAGUCAGCAUCAUCAGCUUCACGAGCGUCUUUAAGGGAAAUGCAUGUAUCCACGAUUAUCUCGGUUCAUGGUGCCACCUUGAAGCGCUUACUUCUCCCCGCACGAAUGAAUAUACCCGUACCUCUUGUCGUGAAGCUGGUUCAUGCUUGCCCGAAUCUGGAGCAGCUUGCAAUGGCUGUCGAUACCAACAGCCUCGAAGUAAUCGGGCUCGUACUGCCCUUCCUAAGGAAACUCCAAGCUCUCCGAAUACUUAUCCCAACUUCUCAGGAUAGCGACCUGAGAACUUCAACGUCAACGGACAAUACACAUGCAGGCGGAAGAGGCCAAACUGAAUCCAAUGGAAAUGUUAACAACACUCUUGGGUCAGAUAUUAUGCCACGACCUGAUCUGUCGAUUCUUCCUCCAUCCGAUGCACGGGACAUUGCAAGGCUGGUUGACAUUGACGAUGCUUUUCAUAUUGAGACACUUUCACUGCAUCUCGCAGGGCCAAUUUUCAGCAGCAUUAAAGUAAUCGGUAUUGGCUGGAAGGCGUGGCAAGUCGGUGGACUAUACAAAGUUCCAGCCCCAGCCCGUAGUCGCAAUACGACAGCUGCUGGUGAUAUACCUAACGGCCAAGGCAUGAUGGAUUUCACAGCUGACGUGUCUAAUCCAAGCCCAAAUGGUAAUAACACACUCGCAAAUUCAAACCACCCCUCCAUACCGAGGGUCGAAAGCUAUUGUUCAGAUAAUAGCUACAAUGCAUCAUCAUGGCCAACGCAACCACCACAAUCUGCAAAUUCCCCACCAGGAAGCAGAAUUCCACUAGGCAAGCGAAAAUAUAAUGGACAGAGCUCCUCCGUCCCUCCUGCGUCGCCCGGUGGAGAAACAUUUUCUCCAACCGAACCAAAAUCUAAAAAGCAGCUACAAAGUUUCCAAACAGUUACUUCAAAUAUCAACGCUGGAUACAGCAAUAUCGCUGAAAAUACUACAAAAUCUGAUAACAAACCCAAUCUCCCCUUGGUCUCCUUCAUAGAUAAGGCGAUCCUCGCCCAGAUCCCAGAAAGUAUGCGGCAUAGUCUCAAGGACUGCUUUACUGAAGUGAGAGGGGGUUCUACGGACGAGCCAUUUGUAUGGAAACGACACGUCAAGCGAGUGGGCUGGGAUGUCUUGAAACACUGGGAGAUAUGGGGACUCGAUGUUCAGGAAAUUUGA